UAGAAACCCGGAAGAGUGUGAGAAGAUACUGAAAACACACGCUGUAAUCUCCUCUCAAAACUAUUUUAAGUAGAUAAUAACGAUCGUGCAUCAUAUCUGUUGUAAUAUUAUACCUGACUCUGGUAUAGGCAGGUUUUGAAUGAUAAUGGUGUCGAUAAUGCUACUGUAAGCUUAUUAUAACACUGCAAACAAACUGUGAGCUAGCAUUUGAGCAUCUUAACAGUCUAUGCUCCUGAGCAGCUAAAGAAGAAGAUGCCUGCUCGUAACGCUGUGAACAGCUUCCCUGACAGCAAAGUGAGGUACUCCAGGCUUUCCUCUGAUGAUGACGGCUACAUUGAUUUACAGUUCAAAAAGAGCCCGCCCAAAGUCCCAUACAAAGCCAUUGCACUUGCCACAGUCCUCUUCUUAAUCGGCUCUCUGUUAAUCAUCAUCGGCUCCCUUCUCCUGGCGGGAUAUUUUGGAGUCACUCACUCAGACCGAACUGUGCCUGUCCUUAUCAUUGGGAUACUUGUCUUCCUGCCUGGGAUUUACCACCUACGAAUAGCUUACUGUGCAUCAAGAGGCUACCGGGGCUACUCCUAUGAUGAUAUCCCAGACUUUGAUGACUGAUAGACCCCACAGCUUCAUCUACAGUCUUCCUGUACUCGCAUAUACUCCUAAUAUUCUGCUUGUGCUAAUUUAAGUGCACUGAUUAUUGAAAGAAAAUAUGCUUGAAUGGAUUCUGUAAAUUACUUGCAUCUGAAUCUGAAUGAUUUUGAUGUUAUUGUCAUAGCUUUAUACUCUGAGGUAGAGGAUUCCAGCCUGCUGCUUGAAGUUAAAACAGAAUCCGACAUUGUUUGUAUAUUUGUUUUGCUAGCUUGAUAAAUAAAAAAAACUGUAAUUUGACGAUUUUUUUAAUUUUUUUAAAUUAAGAACAUCUAUCCAAACUAAAGCUUUACACUGAGUUGUUAUACAACAUAACGUUAUUUAGCUUUUAGUACAGUAUUAAUAGGAGCUUAACCAAAUUGGCUGCGUAUGUACAAAAACAGGACUUUUCUUUAGUAGUCAGCUAUUUUCAUGUCAAAUAUAAUUGUAUACAGUUGGUACAUUUUUUGUGAUCUGUUUGAUAAUAGAGAAAACUCAUAGAAACCUUUGCAAUGUCUUGUAAUUAAUAUAUUCUUAUGCCAAUAAAGGUAAACAUGCA